AAGCGGUAAGGGACGAGUGUUGGCGAGAGCGCGAAGCAGAGAAGGAAAAUGUCGUCGGUGAUGAACAUGUUCGGGUGCGGAGUGGUGAGGGCUCCGCCGCAAGCAUUGGGGUUUGGAAAGAGAAGCGGCGGAGGAUUGACGAUAGUGUGUUCGUCUCGGCCUCAGAAGAAAGCGACGGCGCAUCACAGGAAGACGCGGCCGCGGAAGACGCAGCCAUGGGAUAUAAAUCGGAAACCUACUGUGUACGAUCCUCUGCCUCCUCUUCCUCCCGAUUGGACGCUCGUUAUUCCCGCCGAUGCUUCCGCUGCUCCUCCGCCUCCAACUCCCGCUCCCUAGCCACUGUGUUUGUUCUCUUCAACCCUAACAUGCUUCCUGCUACUAUUCAUAUAUCUAUAUCUGCUUCUAUUUCAUGUUCACGUCUCAAAUCUCCGAUUCGCCGUUUGUUUUCGAUGAAUUUUUAGCUGUGAUGAAUUGUUUCGCCAACUACUUCGUUAUGUCAAUUCGAUUAAAUUUCGAUUGUAGGCU